GCUGCACGACACCGUGAACAUUACAGUGGACUCCGAUUUUUUUGUAGCAGUCGAAUCUUAAUGAAUGGUUAAUAAUAUUGUACACAAUGAGUGAGGGAUCAUCAGAAGGCGGGGCGGCAAAGUCCCGGAAGAAACAUGGCAUGCUGAAGAUGUACUACGGUCUGGACGACCAACAGGAGAAGCCGUCCAACAUGAACCCUACGGACAUCAACGGUGCUUACUUUAACCCAGAGGUCUAUCUUACAAUGAUCAUGAAGGAAAAGAGACUCAACGAUCUCAUCGAUAAAGAAGCCGAGAUGGUGAAACAAAUCCGCUCAUUAGACAGUGAUAUGCAGACCUUAGUCUAUGAGAACUACAAUAAAUUCAUCAGCGCCACAGACACUAUACGAAAGAUGAAAACUGAUUUUAAGAAAAUGGAGGAAGAGAUGGAUCGCUUAGCAACCAACAUGGAUACCAUUGCCGACUUCAGUGAGAAGAUCAGCUCAACGUUGCAGGAAAGAAGAGCUCAGAUCACCAAGUUGAGCGGUGUUCAUUCACUCCUCAAAAAGUUGCAGUUCUUAUUUGAGCUUCCUGCCAGGCUCAAUAAAUGCAUCUCGAUGAAAGCUUACAGUCAAGCUGUCAGAUACUACUCCAAAGCACGUGUUGUCCUGCUUCAGUACCAGCACAUGCCUUCAUUCCACGGUAUCCAUAGAGACUGUAAUGAAAUCGUCAAUGAACUCAGGCUCAAGUUAAGAGAACAGUUCGGAAACAAAGAGUCUGAUGCAAAACAGCUAGCUGAAUGUGUAGAUCUGUUGCUGCAACUCAAAGAACCACCCGAUGAGCUCUGUGAUGAGUUUCUUUCUCAUGCCCGACACAAGUUGGACGAGAGUCUGAGAGAGAUGUCUAGUCAUGUUGCGACCGGUAGACAGCGGACCGCAUCCAGCCCUGAGGAAGAUGAGGAUGGUGGUGACGUUCAGGAGGGGGGGAGACCCUCUGAUAAGAUCAUGAGGUCACUUCCAAUGGAUAUAUUGGAGUUUGUUGACAGCAGCUGCAACGGUUUUCUUGAGAACAUCUGUUUAGUAAUAGCCUCUUACAAGGAGCUCUUUGUGAACAGGCAAGCUGGAGAUUCGCAGGAAGAGGAGGAGUUGGAGCAGGUCGCUCAUGCCAAGCUUGGUCAGUUUGUGGAUUCCAGGAUGCAACAGUACUUUACAUGUAUUCAGGAUAGAAUACAAGCUGAGAAAUCUUCUGUGGAGAAUUCGCUGCUGGUGAGAGCGUUAGAUCGAUUCUUCAAGCGGCUUCAAGCGGUCCAUCGUCUCUUACCGGACCUCAAGAUUCUCCAGCGGGGAGCUGAUAUCGUAGCAGCAGCAGCCAAGGAGAGGGCCCAGUACUACGGGGAUGGUCUUAAGAAGCAUUUUGCAGAGUGUAUAACUGACAUCCGCCAGACGCUAUGUGCCCCAAGAGUGGUGGGCAAGCAGUCCGCACCCAACCUAGCUGAACUAGUUAAUGUAACAUCGUCAUCCGUCAUCGAUCAAGUCAAACUCGUGCUUACUAGUCUCAAGUCAUUCCUCGGCCAAGAUAUCACGUUUGCUCAGUCUUUGUUCUUUGCUACCAAGUAUCCCACCAAGACAGUGAGAGAAGGGCUCCUAGUCGACUUCCUCAGGCACAUCUUCCAGACCUGUACAAAUCUUUGUGAAGGAGGAGGAGAGAAAGGAUCAGCACCUCAUACACUCAUCUUGAUCUUAUCCAGACUCCUAGUAGACUUUGAAACAACUCAUAUCAUACAACUGCUUGGUACUUGCAAUGCACAGUUCUUGAUCGAAGACAGUCGAGGCCUGACCCAGACAUCGACCCUCUGCUCGGAAGCCAAAGAUUCCGCUCAGCUGCUUCUCAACCACUACGUGCAGUCACAGGGUCUGCAGAUAUCCCAAAUGUUGAGGAAAAGUGUGGACACAAGAGACUGGCUGAACACGAUUGAACCCCGCAACGUGAGGGCGGUGAUGAAGCGUGUCGUCGAGGACAUCACGGCCAUCGACAGUAAUGUGGGGUCGCUGUACGAGGAGGGAACUCGUAAAGCGCACAGCAGCGACUCCAGCAAGAGGACGUACCAGAGUUUUAGUGUAUCCAGGCAGCCACGGACGCAGAGGAGUUACACUCCAAGCACGACAUUUGAUACCAGUCUGAUGAGCAACAUCCAGAAGCUCUUCUCUGAGAGGAUAGAAAUCUUCAGCAGUGUGGAAUUCUCUAAGGUCUCCGUCGUCACUGGCAUCAUCAAGAUUAGUUUGAAGACAUUCCUUGAGUGUGUCAGACUGAGGACAUUUGGAAGAUAUGGCCUUCAACAGAUCCAGGUGGACACCCACUAUCUCAACCUCUAUUUAUGGAGAUUUGUAUCAGAUGAGAAAUUGGUACACUUUUUGUUGGAUGAGAUCGUAGGCAGUGCUGUUCACAGAUGUCUAGAUGCAACUCUUAUGGAGACGAGUAUCGUGGAAGUGAUAUGCGAACGAGGAUGAAAUCGUCAAUGCGUGCAAUCAAGACUGGUCAUUUAUAUAGUCUAUCAGGAUAUCAUUUAGAGACAGACAGAUAUAUGUUCGUAUUCAAGUUAUGUUUCAUUAUAUGAUAAUUGUUUCGUAUUUCCUUUGCCAUCUGUAUGUUAUGGUAGCAAGAUGUAAUAUAGAAUUUGAUAUAUUUAUCUUUUUUAUCGUCAUGGUGAUCUUGAAUUACACAAUUUUUCAAGAUGUCUGAUGACAAGAUGGGUUAUGUCUCUUAAGAGAGUGAAUGAGAGAUACUAUAAUUUGGAAGAGAAUGUUGGUACAUGUUACGGUCUUAUUGUGUUAAUGUUAUCUGUAAUGUAAUUCUGUUUGUUUUCCUACAAGCGAAGAACUGUUAUAGCUAUAUAUGGCUGUUCAUGUUUUAUAGGCAUAUUGUUAUCAAUUUAAAUAUAGUGUACAGUGGCGCUAAAAGAUGGAGAACCCUACCAGGAAAUGACCAUAUUUAAAAGUGAUAAAGUUCUGCCAUGUUUUAGAUAUUUCUUUGUGACGUCAGGUGAUAAAAUAUUACAUAAAUAAAGCUUGUUUCUCUGGCUCUGCUGGACAUUGUAGUGUUGUCUUCAUUCAACUCUCGGCAAGAAGGGGUGCAUUUUCUGGUGGGGUGCACUUACUUUUUAGCACCACUCUAUGUAUGACUUAACUUUGCUGGAGAAGAUUUGGGAAGUUACUUAUUCACGCGAUACAAGAUCUCUGAUGUCACAGCAAAGUCCAAUGCUCAAGAGAUCUACUAUCCCGCAUCUUAAGGCCACCGCACACCUUACAACUGGUCCAUGAUCCGAUUUUAGAACAAUUUGCGUUCUGCUCAGAAUGAUAAGUACCUUUUUAUUUGUGGUUCAAAUCAACUGAAAGAAUACUAAUAUAACAAGUUCAGAUAAUUUGCAAGACUUUAUUUUGGAGUAAAGGCCA